UAUAAAACAUUGAUCAUUUCCUUAGGGCAUCUCCAACCCAACACUAAAAUAAGUAUGGAGUAAUCUAUUUUUUGCAUGUUCAUCACUUCAUUACGAAGUGAAAAAUAAAGUAUGAAUUAAAGUAUUUACUCCAUACUUAGUUUUACUUUAAUAGAGUUUUACAUUGGAAAUGCUCUUAAAUUAAUCGUCUCAAAUUAGGCUUUCAUAAAAAUUCGAUUCAGUUAUGGUAGAAUCAAGAAUGAAAUUUUAAUUCAGUACAUGCCCGAAAAUGAAUUAGUAGUUGCAUCCAAUCUCCAAAAAGUUUACUCAAAACUCGUGGAUGAGGUUUGGGGAGGUGUUGUCCUAUUCUUGGGUUGCAUGACUUUUUUGUGUUUGUAACCACAUGUGCAUGUGUUUGCUAGUCCCCAAACCAAACAUAAACUCAUCAGUUCCUUGUUACACGGAAACUAAUCUCAAAAGCUAUUUGACAUAACCAAAACUAGACAUCAACAUUAUUUUCUUCUCUUUCUUAAUUGUAACCAUUUCCUUUUUAAUUGCUGUUGCGUAACGGGAAUGGUUUUGCUCUCAUCAAGAUGUAAGAUUCAUAUGACAACGUCAAGAUGGAUCAUAAUAACGAUGACACUGAUGCUGAUGAGAAUAGGAGAAUCGAUGAGAUUGGAUCUGGAAUCAGGCAUGACCAAAUGCAUCUCCGACGACAUCAAAUUAAAUUACAUGACUGUAGGAACUUACACCGUCGUCAAUCCCAACGAAGCUCACCAUCUUCCUGCUUCCCACAAAAUCCAUGUCACUGUGACGUCACAUAAAGGGCACACUCAGCAUCAUGCAGAGAAUGUGGAGUCUGGGAAAUUCGUGUUCACGGCGAUGGAAGAUGGAGAUUACACAACAUGUUUUGUGGCUCCCGAAUUUAGACCUCCGGCGAAGUUCGCCGUUGAUUUCGAGUGGAAAAGUGGCGUCGAGGCUAAAGAUUGGGCCAACAUCGCCAAGAGAGACCAUAUCAACAUGCUGGAGGUGGAGGUAAGGAAACUACUGGAUACGACGGAAUCUAUACACGACGAAAUGUUUGAACUCCGGGAGAGGGAAAGGGAAAUGCAGGAGCUAAACCGAUCGACAAACUCAAGAAUGGCAGCUCUAAGUUUAAUUUCGUUGGUGUUUACAUUGUCGGUAGCUGGUUUACAACUAUGGCAUCUCAAGUCAUUCUUGGAGAGGAAAAAACUUCUCUAAAUUAGCAACAAGUUGUUUCUUUCACUAUGAUCACAUUUUGGUGUUCUCUCGGUUUGAACUUCUUUGUUUA